UAUUUUAAUUGUCCUGCAUAGAAGCAGAACACUACAACUGAAUGAACAUGAAGGAGCGGAAGCAGAAGUGUGUUCUCAGGCCACAAGGCGAACAUAUUCACAUCACAUCUGAUCAAUCGUCCAGACUUCAUCUGUUCAUCAUGUUCCACCAGACUCUUGUUACCAGAAAUGAGGGAGAGACCUGGGGGACUGUCUGGUUGCCUCUGUAGUCACUGUUAUUAUGGAGGAGCUGUAGGUUAACCGGGUAUUCAUAGCCCCUCAUCCAGGUCGAUUGAUGCUCCUUCGCCCCGAUCUAAAGCUGUUCUUUUUUCUAUCAUCGUAACAUUCCCUCCUCUCAACGCUCGCCUCUCGCCAGUACUCCAGUCAUUCUACCAUCCAAAAGUCAACCUCAUUCCUCCUCAUCCAGUCUCCUCACCCAAUCCAUCCCCAACCAUGUCCCUCACCUCCCUCGCCCGCACCUCCUCCCCCCUCCUCGGCGCCUACAUCUCCUUCCCCUCCCCUUUCUCCGCCCACCUCCUCUCCCGCCUCUCCUUCCCCUGGGCCCUCAUUGACAUGGAACACGCGCCCCUCUCCCCCGCCACCAUGACCUCCCUCGUCCACGCCAUCGCCGCUGGCUCCCGAAAUGCCACCCUCCCCCUCGUCCGCAUCCCCUCGCACGCCGUCGAAUGGGUCAAGUGGGCGCUGGACUCUGGCGCCGCAGGGAUUGUUGCACCGAUGGUGCAGUGCGCGGAGGAGGCAGCGGCAUUGGUGAGGCAUGCAAGGUAUCCGCCGGAAGGAUGGCGGAGCGUAGGGCCGUUCCAGGCGGGGGGCGCGGAUGUGACGGGGGAAGGGGGAGUGGGGGCGUAUUUGGCGAAGGCGGGUAGGGAGGAUGGGGUGGAUUUGAUUGUGAUGAUUGAGAGUGUGUUGGGAGUGGAGAAUUCGGGGGAGAUUAUGCGGACGAAGGGAGUGAGUGGGGUGUUUGUUGGGCCGGUGGAUUUGAGGGCGAGUUUGGGGUUGCCGGGGUCGCAUGGGGAAGAGGAGGUAUACAUGAAGGCGUUGGAGAGGGUGAUAAGGGUGGGGAAGGAGAUCGGGAUGCCGGUGGGGAUCUUCUCGACUGGUGGAGAGGCGUUGAAGGCGCAUGUUAAGAUGGGGUUCUCGUUCAUGCUAGUCACUGGAGAUGUGAUGGCAUUGACCGAAGGCGCCAGUGCUGCGCUCCGAAUCUCGAUGCAGAUCGUCAAUGAAUUGAAGACGUCACAGUAGGGAACGGAUAAAACUAUUAGAUUAACUUGUCACGAUCUAUACGAUUGACCAUUGUACCCAAUGAAGUGUACAGGAUCGUUGCCUGCGGGUAUCAUAAAUACACUGGCCACUCUUUGGCCUGGAAGCGGAGAUCCCAAAUGAAAAACCGCCAACGCCUUGCUAAAUGUGAU